AUUGUAUUUAAAUCAUAAUAUCAAACACUCUUAUUUUUUAAAAUGAUUAACAACUAUUUUUAUAAAUUAAUUUUAAAAUUUUAUUUUUAAAAUCUAUUUUCAAAAUUAUGAUUAGACAGGUUCUAAAAUCUGAAUCUGUAGCCCCUUCUUCAAACAAACAUGAAAUAAAUCUUUUCUCUUGCACAAAAAUAUUCUGCAUGCAUAUCAUCAUCUCUGCACAAAUUCUCAGAGGCUAAUUUCACACCAUCAACACAAAUGCAUGUUAUUUGAAAAUUUUGAAUCAAAGAACAUCUUUUUUCUUCUAGAAAUUUUGCUUUUCCUUACAAAUUGGCCACUUUAACCCUAGCAACCUAAGCAAAUUAAAUUAAAGUGGGUCUAUUGAUUUAAAAAUGGUACGAAGAGAUGGACAUUUGUCCACAACUCUACAGGAAACUGAAGACGACGUGUAUGCCUCUCACAUUUGCCUACAAAUCUGUCUUCUACCCUUGAGAAAAACCAUCUAAAAUGGCAAAACCUCUCCUCUUUCCCCUCUUCUCUCUGCUCCUCCUUAAUCAAGCUUACUCUCAGUCUGAUUAUGGCUUCAUCUUCAAUGGCUUCAAAGCUUCUGCAUCCAACUUAAGCCUUGGUGGGGCAUCCCUCACCACGCCAAAUGGGGCUCUCAGGCUUACAAACUCAUCACCCAACCUCACUGGCCAUGCCUUCUACAACACCCCAUUUCACUUUCUCAACAAGAACAGCCAUGAUUCCCAACACCCCACCACAGCUUCCUCCUUUGCCACAACCUUCAUCUUUGCCAUUGUCCCCAGCUAUGUUGGUGGGUCUGGUGGGCAUGGUUUUGUCUUCACCGUUUCUCCCUCCAAGAACCUUUCAGACGGUGGACGUGGUAAUCUUUUUGGUCUUUUUAAUGAGGCCACCAUGGGGAACUUCUCCAACCAUUUGUUUGCUGUUGAGUUUGAUACAGUUCAAUCCCUGGUUAUGUAUGGAGAUAUCGAUGAUAACCAUGUUGGUAUAGACAUCAAUACUGUUAGGUCUAAUGCUUCUAAGUCAGCUUCAUACUAUGAUAACUCCUCCAAAUCCUCUCAUGAAGUGGUUUUGGAGAGUGGGAAUCCAAUCCAAGCUUGGAUUGAGUAUGAUGGAGCUCAAAAAAUCGUCAAUGUCACCAUUUCCCCUGCUUCUCUUCCUAAACCAAGCAAACCCCUCUUGUCCCUAGCCAUGGACUUAUCCCCUAUCUUUAAAGAGUCCAUGUAUGUUGGCUUCUCAGCUGCCACUGGGAAGCAUCCUAACUCUCAUUACAUUCUGGGGUGGAGUUUGAAGAUGGGUCGUACAGAAGAAGACCCUCUUGAUCUCUCUAAAAUCCCUUCUCCCCCAAGAAAUGGAACCCCAUCUCCAGGCCUUGGGAGGAGAAGAGGGAUUGAGAUUGGAGCAGCGUCAACAAUGGUGACCCUUGCGUUACUUCUGUGUGGAAUCACUAUUUCUGUGUAUAUGCUAAGAAGGGCAAGGCUAGCUGAGGUCCUGGAAGAUUGGGAAUUGGACUUCCCCCAUAGGUUUAGAUACAAAGACCUUUAUAUUGCCACAAAGGGCUUCAAGGAGAGCCAGAUUCUCGGCAAAGGCGUGUUCGGUUCCGUCUACAAGGGGGUGCUGCCAAAGACUAGAGAAGAAGUUGCUGUAAAGAGAAUUUCCCACAAUUCCAAGCAGGGAGUGAAGGAGUUUAUUGCAGAGAUUGCAAGCCUAGGAAAGCUGAGGCACAGGCACUUGGUUCAUCUCCAAGGUUGGUGUAAGCGAAAAGGCGAUCUCCUUCUUGUUUAUGAUUAUAUGUCCAAUGGCAGCCUGGACACCUUCCUGUUUCAAGAAGACAAGAACCUUGAUUGGGGACAGAGGUUCAGGAUCCUCAAGGAGAUUGCUGCAGGCCUCCUAUAUUUACAUGAAGAAUGGGAACAGGUAGUUGUCCAUAGGGAUGUGAAGGCCAACAAUGUCCUGCUUGACUCAAAUAUGAAUUCCCGGCUAGGAGACUUCGGCCUGGCCAAACUAUAUGAGCAUGGGAAGAACCCUAGCACCACCCAUGUGGUGGGCACAGUGGGGUACAUAGCACCGGAGCUCUCCCUCACUGGAAAGGCCACCGCAAGCUCCGAUGUAUUCGCCUUUGGGGCAGUACUACUAGAAGUGGCAUGUGGGAGGAGGCCUCUAGACCCCAAUGCCUCGUCCGGGAAACAAAUGAUUCUACAAGAUUGGGUGGCACAGUGUCAUCAGAGGGGUCAUAUACUUGAAGCUGCAGAUCCAAAGCUUGGCAAUUCAUAUGUGAAGAAGGAGAUUGAAUUGGUUUUGAAGGUUGGCCUCCUCUGCUCUUACCCAGAGCCACAGGCUAGGCCCAAUAUGCAGCAGGUUACAAGAUAUCUCAGUGGCUUUGACCCACUCCCCGAGGUUGAUGCUUCAAGUUUAGGUUUCUUUGUGGGCUCAUUGGACUCCAAAGCUGACUCACACCCAUCAUCCUAUGGAGUGAUGUCUGUUGGAUCCUUAGCAUCUGGGCGGUAGAUUAAUUGUAUAUGCUUGUUGUUCUGCUUAGUUUCAUUUUCUUUGUGAGGAUGGUGGCCUGUAUGUUGAGUAAUGAGGCUGAAGUUGUUGAAGUAUGAAGACCUCUGGCAUCAAGUUUUGAGUUUGAUGUUGUUAGGGCUUUUAGCAUGGGUAGGCUUGAUACAUAUGGCUUAUUAUAUAACAAUUUAAGCUUUUAGAUUAAA